CUGCUGUUCAGCCGAGACUGUCAGAGACUGUCACGGUCGUCCCUCCUGGAGGACCAGGACGGGCAGCAUGGAGUCGGUCCUGAGGAGCGCAGUCUUUGGGGGCCUGAACUUUGAGUUUUGGAGCAAGUCACAUGGUGUGAAGUAGUCGUCAGAUCACCUCGCAGUGGUUUGGCAGGCUCUUCUGCCCGGCCCGGUCCUGCCCGGGGUCCUGCAGCCAGGAGGAGACACCGGGCCCAUCGCCCCCUGACCAGCUCCUGCGUGGACAAGCGGACGCUUCUCUUGGGCAGGGCCCCGGCCAUGGCAGAGCUGUGCCGCACGCACUCCGCGCUGACCGCGCUGGACGAGGAGACGCUGUGGGAGCUGACGGAGGGCCACCGCGCCAGGAUCGUGCGCAGCGUGUGCCCCAGCCGCCUCACCCCCUACCUGCGCCAGGCCCGCGUGCUGAGCCAGCUGGACGAGGAGGAGGUGCUGCACAGUCCCCGCUUCACCAACUCCGCCAUGAGAGCCGGGCACUUGCUGGAUCUGCUGAGGACGCGCGGGAAGAACGGGGCCCUGGCCUUCCUGGAGAGUCUCAAGUUCCACAACCCCGACGUCUACACGCUGGUCACCGGGCUGCAGCCCGACGUGGACGUCAGCGCCUUCAGUGGGCUCAUGGAAACGUCCAAGCUGACCGAGUGCCUGGCCGGGGCCAUCAGCAGCCUGCAGGAGGAGCUGAGCCAGGAGAAGGGGCACAAGGAGGCGUUGGCACGGCAGUGCCAGCGGCUGCAGGAGCGCCUGGGCCACGCCGAGGCGCGUGCCGAGAGCCUGCAGCAGCUGGAGGCGGACCACAGCCGCAUGAAGCGCGAGGUCAGCGCCCACUUCCACGAGGUGCUGAAGCUCAAGGACGAGAUGCUCAGCCUGUCACUGCACCACAGCAACGCACUGCAGGAGAAGGAGCUGGCUACCACGCGCUGCCGCGGCCUGCAGGAGGAGCUGUACCUGAUGAAGCAGGAGCUGCAGCGAGAGCGGCUGUCGGCCUCCUGUGAGCGGGACUUCCGAGAGCGGUCCCUGAAGAUGGCCGGUGGCCUGGAGCCUGGAGCCGAGGAGCUGAGCCGCCUGAAGGAGGAGAACGAGAAACUCCGCUCCCUGACUUUCAGCCUGGUGGAGAAGGACAUUCUGGAGCAGAGCCUGGACGAGGCCCUGGACAGCAAGCAGGAGCUGGUAGACCGCAUCCACUCCCUGAGGGAGCGGGCGGUGGCGGCCGAGAGGCAGCGAAAGCAGUACUGGGAGGAGAAGGAGCAGACCCUGCUGCAGUUCCAGAAGUCGAAGGUGGACUGCGAGAUCUACCGGGAGAAGAUGACCGCCCUGCAGAGCCAGCUGGCCGGGCUGCAGAAGGAGCGGGACCAGGCCUACGCAGCCAGAGACAAGGCCCAGGUGGAGAUCUCUCAGAGCCUGACGGAGAAGGACGCCCUCCGCAGGGAGGUGUUUGAGCUGACCGACCAGGUCUGCGGCCUGCGCCAGCAUCUCCGCAGGCUGCAGGCCGCGUCGCCGCAGCGGCCCAAGCAGGACGCGGGGCCCCGGGAGCCCUAUCGGAGGGAAAAACAGCGGUUGGUGCGCAUGUUCGCCAUCGGCCCGAGGGAUGACAGCGACUGCAGCUCCUCGGAGCCUCAGCUCUGGUCGGACCUGAGCGCCACGUCCAGCCGCGAGCUGGUGGACAGCUUCCGCUCCAGCAGCCCGGUGCCGCCCAGCCAGCUGUCCCUGUAUAAGCGAGCCACAGAGGACCUCUGGGAAGACUCCUGGUCUUUCAGCUUCUCCGAGGUGGACUGGGGAGCCUCCCCGGGAGCUAAGUCGAGCGACACAGACCUGGAUUACGAGAUUGUAGACAGAGCCGACCUUUCGGACUCUGGGAGCACCCCGAAGCUGGUCUCCAGGGGCCUCUGCGUCUCAGCCAGCAGCGUCCCGGUGCGCCGGAGGCCGGCCCGGAAGAUCCUGAGCCAGGUCACGGCGCUGGCCUUCCAGGGGGACGCCUUGCUGGAGCAGAUAAGCGUCAUCGGCGGGAACCUCACGGGCAUCUUCAUUCACCGGGUCACCCCGGGCUCGGCAGCGGACGGGAUGGCCUUGCGCCCCGGCACCCAGAUCAUGAUGGUGGAUUACGAGCCCUCCUUCAAGGCCGUCCUGGAGGACACGACCCUGGAGCAGGCCAUCGGACUUCUGCGGAGGGUGAACGGCUUCUGCUGCCUGUCCGUGAAGGUCAACAUGGAGGGUUAUAAGAAGCUGGUGCAGGACCUGGAAGCCAAAGUGGCCACGUCAGGGGACUCCUUCUACAUCCGGGUCAACCUGGCCAUCGAAGGGCGGGUGGAGGGGGAGCUGCAGGUGCACUGCGGCGACGUCCUGCACGUGACCGACACCCUGUUCCAGGGCCGCGGCUGCUGGCGCGCCCACCGCGUCAGCCCCUACAGCACCCAGGACACGGAGCGCGGCACCAUCCCCACCUACGCCCGGUGA